GUAUCGUUCAGCCACCCUUCACUACUUAAAAGUUGAAACACACAAAAAAGCACUUCAUUUCCUCGUCUUCUUCAUCUGUUUUUGAGCAAACUCCCAACCCGACAAUGGCCGGCGCCACCACUCUGUCUCUCUCUCCAAACCCAAGCUUCACCACCUCCUCCUCCCACAAACCCUCUCUCUCUACCCCCAACUUUCUCAAAUUCCCAACCCUAUCCCCCACCCCCAUCAAACCCCUCACCCACGCUCCCCAAUCCCAACUCCCAAUCUCACGUGCCACCUUCACCACGCGCGCAGCCGCCUCCACAACCCCAUCUACCACAUUCCACGGCCUCUGCUACGUCGUCGGCGACAACAUCGACACCGACCAGAUCAUCCCCGCUGAGUACCUAACCCUGGUCCCCUCCAACCCCUCCGAGUACGAGAAGCUCGGGUCUUACGCGCUCUGCGGCCUCCCCGCCUCCUACUCCACGCGCUUCGUGGAUCCGGGAGAGACAAAGUCCAAGUACUCGAUCAUAAUCGGGGGCGCCAACUUUGGGUGUGGGUCGUCGCGGGAGCACGCGCCGGUGGCGCUGGGAGCGGCGGGAGUAGCGGCGGUGGUGGCGGAGUCGUACGCGCGGAUCUUCUUCAGGAACUCGGUGGCGACGGGGGAGGUUUACCCGCUGGAAUCGGAGGGUAGGGUUUGCGAGGAGUGCAAGACGGGGGAUGUGGUGAGCAUUGAGUUGAGCGAGAGCCGUCUGAUCAAUCACACGACGGGGAAGGAGUACACGUUGAAGCCGAUCGGGGACGCGGGCCCCGUGAUUAGGGCUGGUGGGAUCUUUGCUUACGCUAGGGAGGCUGGGAUGAUUCCUACUUUGACUUCUUAGGUUUUGUGUGUUUGACUUUGAUAAUUUGGGGUUUUUAAUUAAUUUGGGUUUUGUUUUUUUGUGUAUGGUGAUUAAGCUUAAUGUUGGUGUAUUAUGAAUUUAUGAUCUUGAAAUAAAAGGAGUUUGUUUUGUUA